AAAGCAGGUCAAUAUAUCAUUUAUCACAUGGCUUUACUGUGAUAAAUGCAGAAAAAUUACAUUUAAAAUCUCUCAAAGCCUUUUAGAGUUGGUUCAGAACUUCAUACAGAAGCAGAAGCACUUGCACACCAGUGAAACAUGCAUUUAUAAAUUAUUUAUUCAAAAUUAUUAUACGUUUGCUCAUUGCAGAAAAAGCAGAAACAAGUCUCAUUUGAGACUUUUUUGUCAUAAUGAAUUCCACAACUUUUUUAAUUAGGUAGAAAUGUUCAAAUAUUUAUACAUCCACAAUUGUCUGAAGCUAUAGCGAUGAAGUUGAUUCUGUUGUUUUUUGUAGUUCUCUGAUAAUUUUUUUUAGGUUGCUAUUAAACAAAUCAAAUUGAACUCAAAUACACAAUAACUUCAUCGUCAUUGUCGUCUUCCUCCGCUUAUCCGGGUCCGGGUCACGGGGGCAGCAUCCCAACUAGGGAGCUCCAGACCGUCCUCUCCCCGGCCACCUCCACCAGCUCCUCCGGCAGGACCCCAAGGCGUUCCCGGACCAGAUUGGAGAUGUAACCUCUCCAACGUGUCCUGGGUCGACCCGGGGGCCUCCUGCCGGCAGGACAUGCCCGAAACACCUCCCCAGGGAGGCGUCCAGGAGGCAUCCUGACCAGAUGCCCAAACCACCUCAACUGACUCCUUUGGAUCCGGAGGAGCAGCGGUUCUACUCCGAGUCCCUCCCGAAUGUCCGAGCUCCUCACCAGUCUCCAAGGCUGAGCCCGGCCACCCUACGGAGGAAACUCAUUUCGGCCGCUUGUAUCCGCGAUCUCGUUCUUUCGGUCAUUACCCAAAGCUCAUGACCAUAGGUGAGGAUUGGGACGUAGAUCGAUCCGUAAAUCGAGAGCCUGGCUUUCUGGCUCAGCUCCCUCUUCACCACGACAGAUCGGCUCAGCGUCCGCAUCACUGCAGACGCGGAACCAAUCCGCCUCUCGAUCUCCCGAUCCCUCCUACCCUCACUCGUGAACAAGACCCCGAGAUACUUAAACUCCUCCACUUGAGGUAGGACCUCUCCCCUGACCCGGAGUUGGCAAGCCACCCUUUCCCGGUCGAGAACCAUGGUCUCAGAAUAACUUCAAAUUUAUAGUGAAUCUGUUGUGAAUUAUUAUUUUUGGCUCCUUCAUGAAUAUUAUUCCUAUUGUUUGAGGAUCUUUUGAUCAUUAUUUAUUCAUGUCUUUGCCCAUAUUUUUAUGGACUAAAUUUUAAUCAUUUGUGGUCUUGGGGGCGGGGCCACAGAGGCAUUGGCCCCUGCUGAAAUCUGAUUGUCCGCUGGAGUUCUCUUGUCCUUUCACUCAUCUGUCCUUUGCCUGAUGACCAGAUUAUGGGUGAAUGAAAUUCCAAGUCCAAACACUGGUGGCGUUAACCUCCAGCAGGCUGGACUAUUGCAAUGGUCUUUUGAUUGGUCUUCCCAAAAAAGCUGUGAAACAACUGCAGCUCAUUCAGAAUGCUGCUACUAGAGUCUGAACAAGAACCAAGAGAACUGAGCACAUCAUUCCUGUUCUUAGAUCUCUACACUGGUUACCAGUAAAUUACAGAAUAGAUUUCAAAGUGCUUCUACUAGUUUAUAAAUCACUCAAUAACAUGGGGCCAAAAUGCAUGUCGGAUCUCCUUCCGGUUAUACCCUUGUGCUGCACCUUCUGCACUGUAACUACCCUUCAACUUUUCCUUUCAUCUAAUUCCGAAUCUGAAUUUGAUAUGUGUUUUAAAUUUGAUCUAAGUUUACUUGUGUACUUUAAUUAUGCCGUCACGUUUCUGUUGCUGUUUUUGCUCCUGGAAAGCACACUGAAUUGCCUCUGUGGAUGAUGUGCUAUAUAAAUAAAACUGCCUUCCCCAAUGUGCCAAAUGGGAAUUUCCAGCAUGAAAUCUUGGCCCCCUCUAUAAAUAUAAUGGCCCUUUGAUGGCCCCACACUCAGAAAAAUCCUAGAUCAGCCACUGAAUAAAACAGAAGAAUAGAGCGUUCCUUAACUGCCCUUCAAAGCAGAUUCACAGAAUCAAAUAAGGAUUACAAGAAGAAGAAUAAAAAGCUGUGCAGUGAGUAAAAUAAAUAAGUAAAUUAGUCACACGUGUAAGAUAAAAAUAAAUUUAAAAAAUCAGGAUUUACCACACUAUGGUGAGUUUUCAGAACCAGAGCUCACGGUUUGCCUUCCGGGUAACAAGUUACUCUCUGCUCUGUGACGCAGAAGCUGUGAGUUGUAACCUGUGCUGCUCCGUGCUGCUUAUCAGGCAUUUCACGUCUGACAGUUGCUCUGUAAACAUCUGCCUCUGCAACUCCUGGGUCAACUCUGGCUGUUUGUGCUGCUUUCCUUUGUGAAGCGUUCCCAAUAUCCCAGAACAGAUGAGGAAACUGGUGAGUUUACUUGUUUUGGCCCUGGUAGGACUUUACUUCCUUCCCUGGUUCUGCAACCUGUUGGUGGGACUGGGUCUCUGUGUGGCCUGGGUGGGGUCCUGGAAGAACCUUCAUGUUGCUCUUCACACCAUCAAGAGAGAUCUAAAAUGUCUGGUAGUGAUUGUGCGCGUGAGGCUUUCCAUGCAUCGCAAUCAGAGGAAAAACAGCACCAUCCCUCACUUAUUUGCCCAGACGGUGACGCAGCACCCAAACAAACCUGCUCUGAUUUAUGAGGCAACUGGAGAGAUUUGGAGCUUUAAGCGGCUGCAGGAGCGUUGCCACACUGUGGCUCACUGGGGGCUGGAACAGGGCUGGGUUGAGGGUGAUGUCGUGGCUUUGUACAUGGAAAGCCGGCCAGUAGUGGUGGCUCUGUGGCUGGGUCUGGCUAUGAUCGGUGUGGAAGCGGCAUUCAUCAACUGCAACCUUCAACAGCACUCCCUGCUGCACUGCGUGGGCGUGUCCGGAGCUCGGGCCAUGGUGUUUGGAGCAGAAAAGGCUGAAGCUGUUUCAGAAGUCAUCGGAUCGUUGCAGCCAAAUAUGGUUUUAUUCUGCAGCGGAGAAGAUGAGAACGAGGAGAAACUCUGCAGCCUCCAAGUUCAGAGUCUGGAUGUCCUGCUGCAGCGUUCUCCCACACACCCACCACCGUACAAGCUGAAGAAGGGAGUUAACGACAGACUUUUCUACAUUUAUACGUCUGGUACAACUGGCAUGCCAAAGGCAGCCAUUGUGGUGCACAGCCGGUAUUUUCGCAUCGCUGCCUUUGGUUUUCACUCCUUUGACUUGUGCCGUGAUGACAUCCUCUAUAACUGCCUUCCCCUCUACCACUCUGCAGGCACCAUCAUGGGUGUCGGACAGUGUUUGCUCUUUGGUUUGACCAUCGUGAUCCGGAGAAAGUUCUCAGCCAGUCGCUUCUGGGACGACUGUGUCAAACACAACUGCACUGUGAUCCAGUAUAUUGGUGAAAUCUGCCGUUACCUGUUGGCCCAGCCGGUCCGUCCAGCCGAGGCUCACCACCGGGUCAGAACCGCCGUCGGGAAUGGUCUCCGGCCCUUCGUCUGGGAAGAGUUUGUUCGAAGAUUCAGAAUCCAAAGAGUUGGUGAAUUUUACGGAGCGACUGAAUGCAACUGCAGCCUCAUCAACAUAGAUGGAAAGGUGGGGGCAUGUGGCUUCAGCAGCCGCAUCCUGCCCAACUUUUACCCCAUCAGGUUGGUCAGAGUGAAGGAGGAUGACAAAGAGCUGCUCAGGGACUGUCAGGGCCUCUGCAUUCCCUGUCAGCCUGGGGAGCCAGGGAUGCUUGUCGGGCGCAUCAGCGACUGUGAUCCACUCAGGAGGUUCGACGGCUACACCGAUCAGGACUCAACUAGUCAGAAAAUAGCUCACAAUGUUUUCCAGCUCGGAGACUCCGCUUAUGUCUCAGGUGAUGUGCUGGUGAUGGAUGAAUAUGGCUACAUGUACUUCAGGGACCGCAGCGGUGACACAUUUCGUUGGCGAGGAGAGAACGUUUCUACCACAGAGGUGGAGGGGAUCCUCAGUGGUUUACUGGGACACACUGAUGUAGCUGUCUAUGGGGUAUCUGUACCAGGUGUGGAGGGAAAAGCUGGCAUGGCAGCAGUAGCUCACACAGGAGGGUGUUUGGACCUUGAUGCUUUCUUGAUGGGUGUGCAGAAAUCCCUUCCUUCCUACGCCUGGCCUGUCUUCCUUCGGCUCAUGCCAUCUGUUGACACUACAGGUACGUUCAAAAUCCAAAAGACACGUCUGCAGAAGGAAGCAUACAAGCCACAGGACUCAAAUCAAAGGAUCUAUUAUCUGAACAGCCAUGCUGGAUGCUACCAGGCGGUCACUGAGGACCUUUUUAAAGACAUUAUGGAGAGUAAAGUGUCUCUUUGAGAUGAGAGGAUGCCUGGAGAUUACAGACUGUUGUGACUUUUCACAAAGAAAUAAAACAUCCUUUUUAGUUAAA